AUGUCCCGGCUAGCGCCUCUGACUUUCACCUCGGCGCCGGCGCCGGCUCCGCCGCCGCCGAGUGUACAGACACCUGAGGACGGCCCCGCUUCUGAGCUUGGUCCCGCGUCUUCGGCGGCACUUCGCGACGCUCGGCGACGGCUGCGCGAGCUGCGAGGCGCAGAAGAAGAGCUGCAGUUCCUCGCGAGUCGCGUCCUGCAACGCGCGGGGCCGCCCCACAUGCUGCCGCUGUCCGAGCUCUGCACGCGAAUGACUGCGCUGGACGCAGCGUGCGUCGCUCGCGGGUUGAUGCACUUGAGUCGGGGCCUCGCGAAGGCUCUGGACAGUUCACGCGCGCUCUUUGUCGGCUCGAGGCAGGUUUGCGAAGAGAGAGUCGAGGCCAUGCGGCACGAGGAAGAGAAGCGGCAAGAGGCGCGGCGCGCAGAUAUCCAGACGGAGAAGAAGCGACGAGAGGCCCAGAGACGCGAAGCGAAGAUCUGGAGGGCCGAGACAGAGGACACGGGACACGGAGAGAGUGAGAAGCGAGAAUGUUCUCCCUUGGACGAGACGGGAGUGUAUGGAGAAGACGCGCCAGCGGCGAGUGUCCCUCGCCGGGGCUCCAGUCCCUUUCCUUCGCCGCGUCUCAGUGAGACCGAAGACGCAUUUUCCGACGAUGAAGUCGAGUGGUUCAACGUGCCCGUGCGCGAUGAAACGAGCAGCUGUUUCCCCUGGCUCGUCCCGCGCCCCUGGCCUGGCUGCGAGACUGACACAACUCAAUCACCCCGUCUGUCUGACCCCCGCCUCUCUUCCUCGUCCUCCUCGUCCUCCUCGUCUUCUUCCGCGUCUUCCUCUUCUUCCUCGUCCUCCUCGUCUUCUUCCGCGUCUUCCUCUUCUUCCGCGUCUUCCUCUUCCUCGUCUUCCUCUUCUUCGUCUGUCGCAACUGCGUCUCAGGACCUCGGCGAGCUGUACGUUCUCUUGCAGCCGGUUCCGCCUGCCGAAGAGGCGCUGGGUCUUGUCGACGUCGUUGUGCUCCUGUGCAGUUUUCUGGAAGUCGCCGACGUUGUUAGUCUCGGGCGCGUGUGCCGCGGCACCGUCGAGGCGACGCUCAGCGACGAUGUGUGGUUGCCGCUCUUGCAAAGAAAGUUCCCCAAGGCGUCGCUUGUUAACGAAGACGUCCUCGAUAGAGCUGGCCAGCAAACGCAGCUUCGCGUGCAGCAGCAGAAAGAGAUCGUAGACUCCCUUCUGGUCCGGUUCCCGCCCGACAGUCCCACGUCUCUGGCAUCUCUGCUGUUCGCGGCGAAUCAAGUCUUGGCUCGAAGCGAGGAUUGUGUCUCGGCGCGGGACCGCCCUGCGCGCCUCGAGGCGGAAGAUCUCCUCCACGUGCUGAGUCUCCACGGCGAGCUCUUCAAGCAAGACGCAGCCGGCGAGAGUUUCUGCGUCAAUCCGUCUGCCGUGUACAGCGACUGGGGGCCAGUGAACCCGUACGCAGCGGCGGACUGGACAGCCGAGCAACGCAGAAAGAUCGAGGCGGAACUCGCCAGACUGCAGGGAGACGACGCAGACGAAACCCGAGGCCAGGACCCGAAGGCGCGAUCGGAAACGGCAGACACCGAAGUGGAACAGCUGGGCUUCCGCCGCGACCUCACGGCUCGCCAAGCCUACCGACUCUGGCACACGCAGCUCCUCGGAUUCGAUCAAACGAAACAGCGUCCGUGGGAAUACAAGUCCGAGAGCAAUCGCCGGGGCACGUUGCCCGCGGGACAUCUGUUGGAUCUGUGCGAGCGGCGCGUGCGUUUCGUUCGCCGCGAAGACCCCGGCGCGGUCCACAGUCUGACUGUACAGACACUGGAAGGGAUCGCGUACCACAUCCGGGACGGAUGCUUCAACCGCCGAGUCAACAUUCUUCAGCAGGCGCUGUGCAGUGCACACCUGCGCAUCGAGCGUGAGACGCGAAAGCGUUUUGAGCGAAAGCUGCUGGACCUCAUGCAGUUCGUCCGCGGCGAGAGGAAAUUCGGUUUCUACCAGUGUCGCGCGUGCGGCGCGCGCUGGCGGAGCGGCUUCACGUACGAAGAGAUCUCGCAGCAGUGUCUCAAGUGCGGCUUGUGGAGUAAAGCGUUCCGAGUUCAGACUCUUCUCUCCCAAGUGGCGAGCGCCGGCGCAGGCCAACUGCCGACCGCCCAGGCCCCGAGACUCGAAGUUCCCGACGGCGCGUCCGGGCGGAGCCGCGGAACUGACAGCAGAGGUUCCGGAGCGGCGGCUCGGCAUCCGUCCUUCGAGGCUGAGAGCAGACGCGGCAGGCUGGGACCUCGGCGAACUUUCGCAUCAAACCUUCCGACGGGUCCCCCGCCUCAACACGGACGAACGCAUGCAUGUGACGCUCCGUCUGUGGCCAGUCGCCACGCGGACAGGCCGCACGGCCGGCGCGGGGGUUCGCCAGGUUCUCGCGAAAGUUUGCACGGCGCGUUUGUGUGCGCCAGCGCGCGACCGGUUCCCAGGAAUCCUCUGGAGGGUUUGCUUCCCAACCCACCGCCCGUUCAGCCGCAGUCGACUGAAGGCCAGGGGGAGAGAGACGGCGCGGCGACUCGGUCCAGACGCGCGCAUGCGCCGCGGGCGUCUCUCGCGAGACAAACCGCGAACGCAGCGAGGCGUGGCGGAAACAGCCGCGGAGAGCGUUGGACGGGGGGAGUGAGAGAGGAAACGGGCGCAGCGGUCGCGAGCGGGGGCUCCGGGAGAUCUUCCGACAGGCGGUCGAACGGUGGAGGCGACUCGCGAACAGGAUCCGCGAGAACACCCUUUGCAGGAGGUCGGAGGGAGGGCGGAAACGAGCGGUUUGAUGAGCGGCGUGGGCCGAGUCUCGGGAAUCACAUGACGCGAGCGGAUGCGGUGUCGAUGGUUCUGACGCGGCAGCAGUCUCCGAGACGCCCCCGCGGCGAGCUGGAGGCCCGCAGAGACGAGAGGAUGUAUGGCUGGGGAAGAAAGUGA